AGCGAUUUGAGCGAACAUGUCGGUGGUUUCUGAAAUGAAAAAGUUACGCUUUUCGUCUCAACUGCUAUAGGCACGGCAUAUCUUCUUAAUUCAGCUCCGUGGCCGUUAUCCAUGUGAUUCUAUACUUUUACUUCAUCAAUUAUUACUGUUAUAACCUUCGAACAAAGCAAGCUCGCAUUCAACCUUUCCAAAGGUUCAUCAAUAAUACUCAACGUUUAUACUCCAGAAUUAUUUCAAAUAUACAAAAUCAGAAAACAGUAAUAACGAUCAGAAUGGCGAAUACUAUUUGUACCGCAUUUUCUCAAGACGGACAAUAUUUGGUUCAUUGCGGAAUAGAUGGAAAAAUCAAGAUUUGGGAAACAGAAACGAAUAAACUCAAGCAAGAAUAUAUACCGAAUCAAUAUCUUAAUUCGCCAUGCAAUGUAUUAUCCUGGAUUUCUGUAAAUAUUCAGGCAACAAAUGCAACGCACUCACUAAGGAGUAAACGCGCAAGGAAAAUGAUUGUGGAAGAGGCAGAACAAAAAGAAAUAAUUGCUAUGGGAUCUGUAAAUGGAAUUAUCACUUUAUACGAUAUUGCAGCUGCUUCUGUUUGUGGUCAAUUAGAAAAUGGCCAUUCUUUCUGUAUAACAGCUAUGGCUUGGUCCAAAAAUAGUGGUUUAUUCACAGCUGCGGAUGAUCAUUGUUUAAUUCAAUGGAAUAUUCAAGAAAAUGAAAUGAAAUCUAAGUGGAAAUCUGGCAAGGCAAAAGUCACUGCCUUAGCAGUAAUGAAAGAUGAAAAAUCAGUGAUCUCUGCCGAUAAAAUAAUCAAAUGGUGGGAUUUGUCUACAAAGAAAAUUAUCAAGACUUUUACUGGUCAUUCUAGCCAAAUUACCUCUUUAAAUGCAAUAACAGUGAACGAAGAUAUCAGUUAUUUAAUCAGUGGAGCAAAUGAAGAUAGAUAUCUGAGUAUAUGGGCUUUAGAUGAGGCAAAGAAUGAUAAGUGUUCCGUGGCUACAUUAUCUAUGCAAGAUGAAGCUUUGUCUGUUUCUGCACACGUGAAUGAGGAGUCUCAGGUGAUGGUAGUAGCCAAUACUAGAUCAGGACAAGCACACGUUUUUAAAUACGAACUUAACGAAAGAUCUAAACCUUUGAAGCCGAAACUAACUAUUGCAGUUACUUCUGAUGAAAAUCGAAAAGAAACUGUACAACAGAUUCCUAUUAUUAUGGCAAAAUUUAUAGAAAAUGAAAAGUUAUUAUUAGCGUAUGGUUCUUAUCUAAACUUGAUAUUUGAAAAGAUUACACCAGAUUAUUCAAAUAAGAUGCAGUAUUUAAUACGCUCAGAAGUUAAAAAGACAAAAGAAAAGAAAGAGGAAUCAGUUACAAAAGUAAAAGCCACUAUAACGGAGAAUAGUGUUGAACAUCUUGCACUUGGAACAGGAAAUACGACGAUUAAAAGACAUAGGACCAGUUCUGCAAGCUCUCAAUUACCUUUAAGAGAUAGAUUAGAAAAUCUUAGUUUAAAUGUUGAUACUAAUACUACAAAUAGAACUCCUUCUAAAGGAACUAAUAUGAUGCAGCUAUUAAUGCAAGGAUUAUACAGCAAAGAUAGAACUAUUUUAAAUAACGUACUAUUUACAAAAAAUGAAAGAACAAUUAGAAGUACUAUUGCCAAAUUGCCUGUCCAAGCAAUAACACCCUUGAUUGAAGAAUUAUAUAGAAUGUUACGAGGAAAACUGUAUCCAAGUAUAAUAGCUUCUAUAUGGUUGGAAAUAUUGAUAACAACACACUCAGCACAUCUUUUGUCACAUCAAAAUAUCGAUGAAGCAUUAACUCCUAUCUUAGGCUUGAUUGAUGAGAAGUUAAUGUUAUUAAUUGAGAUAUCUAAAUUACGAGGACGUGUUUCACUUUUAACAGAACAAAUAUCUAAGAGCCAAGACGAUCAAGACACGUUAAAUGAUUCUUUAAUGGUUUAUCAAGAUGCUGAUUUAUCUGACGAAGGUCCUUCCAUGGAAGAUACCGUAGAAAGCGAAUCGGGUGAAUAUUGGGAGGAAAUGUCGGACCAAGAAGAGCAAGAAGAUCAAGAUCAAAAUGAAGACGACAGUAAUAGUGUUGAAUUUAAAGAGGAAGAUGAUAUGAGCAGUUGAAUUUUUAUUACUAUCUUUGUACGAUUAUUUGUGAUAAAUGAUAAAAGUAUAAUUUCAAAGUAAAUACAAAAUUUAAUGGAUAUGAAAUUCUUCUUAAGUGGAUUGGUAGAUUUUCAAUCCUUUUAUAUUUCCAAAUUUAAUUCUACAAUAUUUAAGAAGUGAUCGUGCAAUCUGUUGAAGGUUUUAUGUCAAAGAUUUAAUCAUAAUAUUAAUGAAUGUACUUAUUGUAAAUAAUGAUAUAAAAUGAAAACCA